AUGAAACCAGCUUGGCAACCACCACGAGACUACCAGAAUCGCCCUGUUGCUGUUCUUGGUGCGGGUGUACUCGGUCGUCGAGUCGGAUGUAUUUGGGCAUCAGCCGGCUAUAACGUUCACCUUCGAGACCCCAGCGAGCAGCAGCGAUUGGAUGGAAUUGCAUAUAUCCGAGAGAAUGUUCAAGCAUACAGCACGAAGACUGGAAAGGCCCCCGGGUCCUAUGAGGCAUUUGAAGACAUGAAAGACGCCGUUACAAAUGCCUGGCUUGUCAUUGAAGCUGUUCCCGAGAAAAUUGAACUCAAGAUCGCCACUUUUGCAGAGCUGGAGGCCAUUGCUGCUGAAGACUGCAUCUUGGCUUCCAACUCAUCCUCUUACAAGUCUUCCGAGAUGAUCAGCAAGGUCACAGAUCAGACUAAGAGUCGUGUUCUGAACAUGCAUUACUAUAUGCCGCCUCAGUGUAUGAUCGUGGAGCUCAUGACGGAUGGACACACUUCUCCGGAGAUAUUCCCUUUCAUGGUUGAACGCUCUAAGGAGGCCGCUACCCUUCCAUAUGUUGCAAGGAAAGAGUCUACUGGGUUUAUUUUCAAUCGGCUCUGGGCUGCUGUGAAGCGGGAGGUUUUGACUAUCCUUGCUGAGGAUGUUUCAGUCCCCGAAGAAAUCGAUUCUAUGUGGCAGGAGAUGUUCAUCAAAGGAGCAUCUCUUCCUUGCAGGAUGAUGGACAAUAUUGGCCUAGACACCGUUGCCUUCAUCGAGGGUCAUUAUGUACAUGAACGUGGACUAUCUCCAGAGAAGACAGUCGACUUUUUGAAAACCAACUACCUUGACCAGGGCAAGCUGGGAAACAAGUCUUCGCACGGCGGUCUCUAUGCUCCAGGCGACAGCUCGGCUGCCACCAAUGUCAGCCAAAGAGAGCCUGAGAUUUUAGUCUUGGAUGUAGGCCUCUCGGCUUCUACGCCUAGCCUCACAUCAGGUCAGAUUUUGAAAGUCACCGCCGACGGAAAGCUUCAAGAAACAAUCUUGAAAGACCAAUCUUUGCCUGACGGCUUGGUGGUAGACUCAACCUGCGGCCGCAUGUUCUGGACUUGUAUGGGAACCCUAGGCAAUUCUGAUGGAGCAGUCUACUCUGCCAAGCUUGAUGGGUCCGAUAUCAAGGCGCUGGUAGCUCCGGGUGUUGUGAAUACGCCUAAGCAGCUUGCUAUUGAUGCUGUCGCACAGAAGAUCUAUUUCUGCGACCGCGAAGGGUGUCGAGUUUACCGCUGUGGAUUCGACGGCUCCAAUUUGGAUAUCUUGGUUGACAACGUCGAGCGUGAUGUCGCCGACUGGUGUGUUGGGAUUGCAGUCAGCACAAGCCUGGGUAAGUUUUAUUGGACACAGAAAGGACCGUCGAAGGGUGGCAUGGGCCGCAUCUUCUGUGCCGAUAUCACAACACCCAAGAACCGGCAAUGCAUUCUGAGUGGUCUCCCCGAGCCGAUUGAUCUUGAAGUGGACGAGAAUUCUCACACACUUUACUGGACUGAUCGUGGUGAACUUCCCUGGGGCAACUCAUUAAACCGAACCAGCUUGGAUGGAACCGGUCUUCCUCUGUCAGCUGAUUCCGCUGCGAAACACCAGGUUAUCACCAGGGGUCUCAAUGAAGCGAUUGGACUCAAGCUGGAUGUUGCCAACUCUCACGUUUAUCUCACUGAUUUGGGCGGAACUAUCUACCGCUGCGAUCUGGAUGGCAACCAUAAGGAGAAGAUCUACUCCGAGGAACAGCGGGCCUUUACCGGAAUUGCUCUUCUAGGACUUUGA